GCGACAUGGCCCGCAUGAGGCUCUUCAGCCGCAGCGCGCGCGGCAUCACGGUUUCGUUGCUGGUGAAGAGAGCUGACCAAACUGCCGCACGUGUCUCAGUAGCUUUGCCUGACACAAAGCCACACAAGCGUUGCUCGAAGAGGGUGGCGUCGCUUCACGAACAGUGUCAGGCGACCGUUGUCGAUGCGAGGAGCGCCCUGCAGCUGUGCGUGUGCCCGGUGUGCGGUGCAGAUGGCGCGGACUCGCUGUCGGCGCUGUACUGCGGCGGCCCUCUGUGGACCCGCCUGACGGCCGAGGUGUGCCACCACCGCUGCCGGCCGCAGCGCCUGGCCCAGCUGCUGUCCGCGCUGCCACGCAGCCUCAAACUCAGCCUCAACCUCGAGCCGGACUCUGACCUCGACCUCAACUUGGACCAGCAGCUGGACCGCGAGCUGGGGCUGCGUCUGGCGGGUGCCACCAAGGCUGGGCUGGAGGCCCGUGGCACCAAGAGGGAGGCCUCCCCCACCAAGAAUCCAUUAAUAGGAAUGCUGGAAGAUGAAGAUGAUCUGCAACCCAUCAAGAUACCUCAACUGGAUCCAUCAUUAUUUAAGCCGCUUCCAGACUAACGCAACAUCACACAGUCUUACUGUGGUAUAAUGUAUCGAAUUUUUAAUAACUAGGCAGUGCCAUA